CUUUCAAAGCUUGCGUUACUUUUGAAUGAUAGUAGGUUGCACGUGGUUUGGGGAUUUCUAGGAUAUGUUGUGGCGGCUUGAACUGCCGCACAUAUGUGCAAAGUUCUAUAUCGAAAACAGACAGACAGAAGAAGAAGAAAAAGAAGAAGAACAAAAACAAGAAAGUUGCCAAGUAAUUAUGCUUGAAAGACAUUCAAAUCCACCAGUUGGCCUGGAACGUGUUCAUCGAUAUUUUUGUUAUGUUUGUGGUACUCUAUUACCGCAUAAACUAGAAGCGAAUGAUUCUUUAAUUUGUCGAAAAUGUAAAACAUCGACAUUUAUGCGUUGGUUUAACAAUAUAGAGGCAAGUUUUAAUACAGAGAGUAAAUCAAAAAAUAACACAGUUAACGGGAUCGAUGUCCGUAAUGAUGGCGAUGCCGAGGAAUCAACGUGUUUAUUUUUUCCAUCAAUGAUAAAAGGGGCUAAAAAAAUUCUCAAAUCUGAAAUUGCCUUAAAACAAGCUUUAGAAGCACAACAAUUUGAAAAUGACACACCUCAGGCGGCGACAACCACAUUUGAUGGGCCAAGUAUACGUAAAGAAUGCGCUUAUUGUGGUAAUGACAGGAUGACUUAUGUAACAUUACAAACUCGUUCAGCAGAUGAAGGACAAACGGUUAUUUAUACUUGUACACAAUGUGCUAAAAAAGAGAUUGAAAAUACAUGAAUUGUAUAUAAAUAUGUAUGUUAUUGACUCAUUUAGUCCCCAG